GCCAAUUCGGACAUGCUAGAUACUACUUAGACUACUACUUCGACUACUACUUGGCAAUUCGGGCGCAGCUCAUGCUUGUUCUCUUUUACCGAGCUUUUAUAGAGUCAGUUUUAUCUUUUGCACUGGUGUCCUGGUUUGGCAACUUGAAUCUCCAGGGCAAAAAACGCUCUGGGCCAGAUUGUUAAAUGGGCUGGAAGGCUAAUUGGGGAGCCUCAACUCUCCAUGACAGCUCUCUAUGAGGCCCAGCUGCAGCGUAAAGCCAGCGCUAUUGCUUUGGACAGCUCGCACCCUCUGCAUUGCGAGUUCCAGCUCCUUCCCUCCGGCUGUCGCUUCUUGGUCCCCAAGGCCAGGACCAAGCGUUACAGAACCACCUUUGUUCCAGCAGCUAUUGCAAAGCUUAAUGGCAGGGCUAAGAGAUGAGGAAGUCUUAUUGAACCUUUGGAUCUGGAGAGAUUUUAUGGCUCUUAUCGACUGGCAUUUUUUGUACUUGAUUGUUGUUUUUAUGUGUGUCUUGUCUGGAUGGCUGGGUUCCUGCCUGCAAACAAAAUUUACCGCAAGGUAUAAAUAAAGAAACCUUUGAACCUUUGAAAUACUUCCUGCUCGGUAGCUUCAUAGAGACUAAAAAGCCUACACAUAACUAAAAGAAUGGCAAUAAAAAAAACAAGCAAACAGGCAACAAUAAAACAAUAAAACUGGCAUAAAACAGUAAAACAGGCAGUAAGGAAAGUGCAGCAGUGCAAAGUGCAGUGUGUUAUUGCACAUUUAAAUGUUACCCAUCAUGCCUAAUAAGGAACCCAAGAACAACAGCAGCCCUGAUUCCCUGGAAGUUAUGAGGAUGUAAAAUAGAACAGGUUUUGAUAAUAAUUAAAUCACUCAACCCUUCAAUGUCAUUAAAAACUGCACCUUUAAUGUUGAAGCCCCGCCCUGUGGUCUGUUAUUGGACUUUUGAAUAGGUACAAAGUCGUCUAAAUAAAACGUCAACCGGUGUAUAAAUAAGACAGGAUUUUGAACAUGAUCAGACUUCAGCAGGAUAAUCAUUCUCCUGACUUUCUGCUUCACUCUCACUGAAGUUUGUUUUUAAGUCUUUCUGUCCAGCAAAGGCUAAUAGACUCAGUGAAGAAUUAAAGGUGGUGCAGUGGCAGUAGACUUUGUAUCAACAGAGAUAUAUAGAGCAGUAAAAGGAAACAAACGCUGGAGCUUAAACAGCCGAUUUGUUGAAGUUUCUUUGGAGAUCUGAUGUUUGAGAGCCAACGUGUCUCACAGGUAGGUGUGCAUCACCGACUCGAUUUAUUCUUUCUGAUCCAAACAUGAGUUUAACUUUAACCUCAACAAGAGGAUCAUGUCGUUAAACAGAUAAAUAUUGUCCUUCGUGUCGAGGUUGAAUGGUUGCUUCUUUAUCUGCUGUUUUUUUUCUCUACACUGUCCAGUUUUCUCCACCAUCAUGCUCUCCUUUUCAACCCGACCUCUGGUCCUCCUGAGUCUUCUCCCCCUCCUCUCGCCCCCCGCUCUCUCCUGUCUUCAGACUGGAAACUUAGAGGAGUGUGACUCAGCUCCGUUCGUACCCGGCCACAACCUGGUGGGCGAGGGCUUUGACGUGGUCACCCUGCAGCGUAAAGGAGCCUACUUGAUUGAUGUGAUGACUUACCUGACUCCAGGAGGCAACUGUACUCUCUGCUCCAACCCUCUGCAAGACAACGAGCUGCAGAAGGUAAUGUCUGUAAAUGAAAUUACACUCCUGCAGUAACUUUCACAGUCGUGCACGUCAAACCAUGUGUCUUUACUUCUAUUUUCAGCUGCCAGUCUCUGCAGUGGACUGGAGAGCAUCCAGCCGAUGCAAUGCUGACCUGUCCACCACUGAGCACACCUCUAUUAGGUAUUCUAUCACACUUAAGUUACAGGUUGUAUCAGCUGUGAUUUCUCAGCAUGAAAAUCUGUUUAAAUUUUACUGUUUGUUAGAAAAUCAAGAGAAUACAAGCUUUCCAUAAACUGGUUUUUAGGUCUUAAGACGUAAAGGUGAAGAAGCCAGGAAUCGGUUUACAAAGCAUCUUUUUUUGUGCUGUAUUUACAAAAAAUCUUUAAUAUAAGUCAGUGAUUAUUAGUUAUUGAUGACUUUUGGUAAUAUAUCGAUAUCUCUGUGUUCUCUUAUGUCUGUGUCGUCAACAUUUGAACAUUUUUGAGCGGUCCGCUCUUUCUGACUGUAAACAAAGCCGUUCUCCACCUCCUCUAACCUGAUUGGUUGUGAGGCAGACGCUGCUCCCCCGUGUCGUUCAGGAGCCCAAACAAAGUUAGCGUGCUACAAUAUCGGACAGUAGAAACCAACCAGAAAUUUCGGAAAAUUGUCUGAAUCCUCCUUUGGCCACGACUGCCGACACAAGCAAGAAAACAAAGUAAAUACCGGAGACUCUGGAGGAAUAACGGGCGCUUAAAACGGAGGUAGACCGGACAAGAGCUAAAAAGCCGGGUCAACAUAAAUGAUGGGGGACGCUUGGGGAUCUUGGUGACCCUGUAACCUUUCUGCUGGACAGGUAAACCGCUUUAACAAAGUAAGACAAGUGUCUGUAACAGAAGUGUUUCUUGUCAAACGGACCUGCUGUAGCGUGUUGUAGCGCCAUCGCUAAACUGUCCUCCCUCGGGUCCUGGACUAUGUCACUUUAUCCUCGUUGUAGAAGUCCUGCAAACAUUGUGUUUGCUGGUAGUCUGUUGGCAUCUACAGUAGCACCAAUGCUUUUGACUUUCACCUUGACUGGGCCCCAUUUGUAAUGAUCUGAAGUAUUUAUUUGCAUUAUAUCUGAAUUUAACUGGAACGAUACGAGCGAGCAGAAGCGUCUGUUUGUGGGCGGGGCUUGAGGGGAGAGGAGGAGCUGAGGGGAAAACUGGUUGGGAGGGGUGGAGUUUACAUUCAAGAUUUCUCCUAAAAACUGGAACUUCCUCAGAUCCUGACUACACCACCUUUAAGCAAACUUGGAAAUUAAAAUAGAGGUAAAAACUGCAGUUCCUUGAAAAACCACUUGAGCAUUGAGAAUUGAGCCUAUAGAUCCGUCAGCGGCCAUUGUCUCAUGUUCAUGUUCAUUACGGGUUCAUGUUUUUGUCUUUUUUUGCACCAUUAGGGCUACACUAUAUAUCGUUUGAGCAUCGUCAUCGCAAUGCACAUGUGUGCGAUAGUCACAUUGCAGAGCCUGCAAUGUAUAUCUCUGAAUUUGAAAAUGAUUUUUAAGUAGGUUUUUUCACAUCAGCUAUGACCCGACCUCUCUCCCGACCAUCUCUGUUUAAUCGAACCAGGAGGCUGUAACUGACUACAGUUUGUCUAAAUAUUGAGGUUUUGACACCAUGUAGCUCCGACACGGGGCGCCUCAUAAUAAAUGAUAAUGAUACAUGAGUUUACGGCCGCUGCAGAGAGAAGGUCUUUGACACAGGAGCUCAUUAAAACAUUUAUCUUUACUUAGAAAACGAUCAUGUUAAAUUUGUGAGAUAUUAACAGAACAAACUUGUAUGUCUUGUGUUCACAGCUCACUGGUUAGCAGCGACACCUCUCAGCACAGCACCGACUGGAAGGUAAGAAACAUUUGACAGAAACUGAUGAUUUUCAUGUUUCUGUCAGGAUUCAGAUUUGUGGACAAAUGUUUAUCAUUUCAUGUAUUUUACCUCUUGAAUGCCAUCAUAUAGUAUAUUUAAUAUCUACUUAACUUAUAUUGAAACGUCUCCAAAGAUCCAAAGAUCAACUUUAUUUUUAUGGCAUCAGAUAAGAAAUGUAGUUCAAAUUUCCUCAUAGAGGCUAAAAACAACAAUUAACAACAAUAAAACCCAACCCUCCCACCCACACGCACAAAGACACACGCCCACACAUACACACACACAACCACAUACAGUGUGAGAAUUUAAGAUAUAUUGUUUAAGAGACAUGGCCUGACACCGAGACAUUAUAUGAGGAAAGAGCCACCUUUAGGAAACACCGGAGAUACUGUAAAGAUAAAAAAUACAAAAUCGUGAAAAGACAAAGUAAAACCUGAUGGACUAAAACAAGAAAACAAUAUUAAUGAAUGGAUAAGUAAAAGCUCUUUAAAAUGUCUCUUACAGAUGAAUUUUGUAAUAAUUGAAGCGUAUGUAAAUUCUUCUAGGGGAGGCCAGAGAGCAGGGCAUUACAAUAAUCUAAACAAGAGGAGAUAAAAGCAUCAGCACCUCCGUGCACAUAAUGCAUUUUUGUCAGAGGACACUACCUUAGCAAACAUAGUGUGGCGUGCUGGUGUGUUUUGAGGACCCAGAAGCAGACACAGAGGCAGAUAUCAACUUAAGAUGUCAUUUUAAUGUCCAAACUCAGGUUUAAAAGGCAAAAGAGGAAGUCCGGUAGGUUGGCUGGUUGUCGUGUGGGCUGGAGACACUGCGGAGAAAACAGAGGAGAGGGAAUUGAGUAGACAUACAAAAAAUAAUGAGGAGCAGAGUUACGAGUACUUAUUCCAAAAGGAGGCCAGGAGACGCGUCUGUACCACUUGGGAGUGAAGACAAUACUCAGGCGCUGAGACUGAGGCCCGAACUACACGAAUGUGGAUAUAUUUCAAACCGCACAUAUUUAUGUCCGAUUAGGCCUCCCUACCACAUCAAAACGGGAGUUUGGAACACUCAAACUGGAUAAAUCUGAAUCCGGAAAAACAAGUGGAGAAAUAAAAAAAUAUCCGUAUCCCUUAUCCGUAGCGGAUUCCUGUGGUUGGACUUUUACGGAUCGAUGACGUCAAAUCGCAGCUCGCGCAUGCGAAUUAAAAAGAAAAACAACAACAACGACGAUGGCGGACAGACAGGGUAUUCUUUACGUUUGUUUCGCCCUUUUGGGGCUAAUUUCAGCCUUGCAAGUGAACCUUGUUUUAUACAAUUACAUCCACCAGUCAGCCAGCUCACAGAGGCGUCUGCUACGUCCAAUACUUUUAUCGGUCACAUGGUCCGUCACAUGGACCCGACGCACUAACGUAGCUUCCGCAAACAAUGCAUGACGCAUCACGCUGUUACGAUUCAUCCGCCAAUCAGGUAGCUUUGUUACUGAAAUUUUUUUUUUAAACGGCACCAGAUAGGAUUGAGUUUGACGGCUACGUGUGGACGCAGAUAUUUUUGAGAACUAACACGUGUGGACAGAUACAUUUAUUUAGAUGGGAGGACAAAAAUAUCCUGAUAAGUAAAUAUUCAUAUACGUGUAGUUCGGGCCUGAGGGCUGCUGGCUUCUUAAAAUGCCUUGAUUGCAGAUGAAGAGCAGGUGUGUAGUCUCACUCAGCCUCAGUGACCGGGGAGGGCAGGGAGCUCUGGAAAAGAGUCAAGCCAAACCAGGAACACGAAGAAAAACAGGAAGUCCAACCAAAAUAAAACAAACGGAGGAGGUGUCUCACCACACAUAGAAUGAGAGAAGCAAAGACAUUUAAGAUUAACAACCAUGUGUGGCCCCCUGAACAUCAUUCAUCAGUCAUUCAUUGGUAUUAUUUAUGUUAUUACCGACGCCACCCCCUUAAAUGUGUAAAGACAUGUAAAUUCAUACUGUAGUAGGUGUGUGAAUGAUCAACAAUCAAUAUUAUUGGCAGAAAUAGAGGACCCCAAAAUCAAAUUUUGCUUAGGGUCCCGUUGAGGCUUGGGCCGGACCAUACCACGUGUCAUUAAAAAUGUCAUUCAGUGAAGCUUUCUGUUGGUGUCCUCAGGUCGGCCUAGAUGUACAGAAGUAUGUGUCUGCCGGCCUCAGUGUGGGAGGAACACGCUCAGCUGUGUAUAAGUUUGCCUCAGAGCGGUCUAGAGAGGACCGGUACUCCUUCAGCACCCACAAGAUCACCUGCAGCCACUAUCGGUACAGUAUACAGAGUCCUGCAUCACUAUGAACAAAUGUGAGUCUAGUUGAUUAAAAAAGCGUCGAUCACGAGCAUCAAUGUCCUGGUCUCUGUGUUUAGGUUCCGUGUAUCUAACACCCCCCUCCUCAGCUCUCAGUUCAAACAAGAUCUGGCCGAACUGCCGGCUUUUUACAACUCCUCCACGGAGGCCCAGUACAGUGACAUCAUCCACAGCUACGGCACACACUACAUCCGCCAGGUUUUUCACACACCUAUACACUCUUCUUAUUUCACAAAGUCAUCCAUAGUUUAUUUCUCAACAACAUCAUCCAUCAUCAGGCUUUCCUUGGGGGGCGACUCAGGCGAGUCUCAGCUGUUCGCACCUGUUUGUCUUCACUGAAUGGACUCUCCUCACAUGAGGUACAAACACGACUCUCAUGCUCGGGUGUUUAUUUGUUAUAUUUUAAAGCCUCUUGAAUCGUAACCUUGUGGUUUUAAUUCAAAAGCAGACCCGCACCCAUGGUUUUUAAAUGGUACCUUAUCUCCUCUCCUGUCAUCCAGGUUCACAACUGCCUCACAUUUGGACUCCGCGUAGGUCUGGGGGUAGCAAAAUUAUCCAGUGGACAUCAGUCCUGCUCAAAGGUCUUACAAAACAGAGACACCUCAGCCUCAUUCAGCGCAGGUCUGCACAAACACAUCACCUCUGUGGUCGGAGGGACCGGAUGGUUGGGGGAGUUUUCUCUCUCUUUCAAUGACUCCCUGGGUUACAAACAGUGGCUGAGAUCCCUGGAUACCCACCCCGAUGUUGUUUCGUACUCCCUCAGACCCUUGCAUAUGCUGGUGCCAAAUGAGGCCCAGAGGGCGGGGUUAAAGACGGCCAUAGAGGAGUAUUUAAAAGACAACGCAGAGAGGAUAUCACCAUCUCCAAACCCUGCCUACUGUCCUACGCGGGUGUCAUCGGGAACGCUUGUGGUGACUGUCAUCAGAGCCUGGGGUCUAAAAGGCGAUCUUACGGGCAGGACUGAGGGGUGAGUAUGUUAAAGCCCAGGACUGGGGCUGGAGAUCAUUAUCAUAUAAUUAUGACCGAGUGAGGAGAAAAGCUGUUACAGUGGCACCACCAGACACGUCCAAGUCACCGUGCCAAUGCAGUUCAAUCAAAUCAAUCAAUUAAACUUUAUUUUAAAGCACUUUUCAUACAUAGAAUGUAGCACAAAGUGCAGGAUAUUGAAAACAAUCAAAUAAAAUAAAUAAGAAUACAAAUACCAAACCCCACCCACCCUCAUUCAACACAUACAGCACUCACACACUCACACACACAGAUACACACACAAAACACCAGGACUCUUUCCACAGAUGACUGAGGAAACACUGGAUCUAGGACUAAAACGAUAAAACCAUUUCUGAGGGAGGUCUUUAUAAACAAGAUAUAACGUGGCGUCACUGAUGUCAUUUGUCUCCCAUGUUUUUCAAACACACAGGUAUGCCAAGAUCUGGUACGGAUCCUACUAUGGCAGAACUCGAAUGAUCCGGUCAAACUACCCUCGAUGGAACUCUCGUUUUUCCAUUGGCAAGGUCAGUAACUAAUCCUGUCAGACCUGAUCGAAGGGGACGGAAAUGUCAGCUCUUAACCCUCAGGGGUCCUUAAAAAAAAAGUUACAUUUAGGUCCUUAGGUGGACAAAAAUGUCCCUCUCCUAAAAGUGCCAUAAAAAUAUUAUACAUUAAUGUUUUUUUCCAUUUUUUUUGGCUGAAAUCUUUUAAUCAACUAUGAUGGAUCAGUAAUUAACAACAACAUUAAUUAUGCAUUGUCAUGUUUGACGUAUUGUCUGAUUUCUAAAAAAGUUACGUUUAGGUCCUUAGAUGUACAAAAAUGUACAAAGUUGAUCUUUGAAUUAACUUCAGUCCUAAUCAUAACUACCAAAUAAUUGUUGAUAUUGAUGGAUAAUAUUUUUAGAGCACAUCUAAGGACCUAAACAUGUAGUUUUUCUGUCUCACAGUGAAUAUUGACCUGAUAUGAUAAUGGAGUGGUCAUGUUUUAAAAUUUGGAAAGAAAAAAAACCCCUGAAAAACAUCUUCUCAUUUGCAUGAACACGGCCAAAAUAAAAGGUAAAAAGUCACCAAAAAUGUACAAACAUGUCCUCAGAGCACCGGAGGGUUAAGAGAAUAUCCAUGUAAAACCAUCACUCAUUAUUCCAGUUUAACUUCCCCACCUCUGUUUAUGAAGGUGGACACAUGGUCGAAACUGUGGAUCGAAGUCUGGGAUGAGGACUUGCGUUACGAUGACCGUCUGGGAUCAUGUGUGAGGAGCGUGAAGAAGGGGACAUAUAGAUACUCUUGUCCACUAAACAGAGGCGGUGUGGAGAUCCAGUACACUCUGACUUGUGACCAAUACCUGACUGGAGACAAGUGUAACCUGUACAAACCGUCUCCAUAGAUGAAUCCAGUCUGUGUUACAUGUUCUGUCCAGUUUGUUAUGAUUUGCAUUAAAUCAGAUGUGGAGACUUCCCUGAAAUGUAAUGAGCCGGACAGUCCCACAGCCGUCUUUUGGGUUUAGGUGUAGUUUUUUUUUUAUCCAUGUUUGAUGAAAUUUAAGAUAAGAUAAGAAGAACUUUAUUGAUUAAAGGAAUUUCAAUUAUUAAGUUAUUUUGCAAAAGAGGGUGGCGCUUGCAGGACUUGAAGUAAAGUUGGAUCAUGAAAUUCCUGAUAUGAGUGAAAAAGUUUGUUGAUUUCUUUUCAAUAAAGACAUAAAUCAUAUAUAUAUAUA